AAUACAGAAAUAGGCAUAAAAAGACGACCAACGACAAAAGUCGACAUUUGUCUAAUAUUUUAUUUAAAGUUAAAGAGGAGUGUGUAGUGUGUAGAUCUAAUAAGUGUAGUGUAGUGUAUUAAAUUAAAAGUUCAUUCAAAGAUCGGCAAUACAGAACUGAGAAAAAAAAAUGCCUGUUAAUCCUCCUGGUUUAAUGCUGAGGGUCAUUUGGCUGGUUCAUUUUGUUUUGACAUCAUGGGCUAUUCUCUCACCUUGGAUGUCCAGCACUUACCUGUAUACACACGUGGUUGUCCUUGCUUUUGGCUUCUGGGCUUUAGUUUCCAGUGAUAAUGUUGAGGCUGUCUUUAUGUUUUUGCUGACUCUGGUUUUUAGUGUGUUGAAUGACAUCAUCUGUAUUUCACUGUAUGCCCCUAGAGGACGUGCUAUUUUUUCCUUAGAUUCAGACAGGUUACAUGAGUACAGAUUCUCAUUGGGUAUGGCCAUUACCAAUCUCAUCAUCAAGCCUGUGACCAUAUUCUUUACUUACCGCAUUUACCAAAGUCGAGCCCAAGGGACUGACUUCAACACUGGCAUUCCAGGCCUAGGUUCAGGGCAAACUGUCCAUGGGCAUUAUGACAACAUUGACAACACACCCCCUCCUGGUGGGUAUGAUAAAUCUGCCCCUCCCGCCUACCAAGCCCCAGGAGAUGAGCCAACCUACCAAGCCCCUCACUACAAUGUUCCACCCCCUCUUGGUCAGCCUUAGUUGUUGACUGGUUCUGUUGGCUCUUCAUUCACUUUAGUGAUGUGCAUAAUUACAAGACUCCUGCUUGUUACAAAAGUAUUUCUUUUUUUGUAUUCCUUCCAGUGAGAUUAUUUUUACAUUUAAAUGUGAUGUCAUUCAUAAUGAAAAUAUAGUGAAAAGAUAGUCCAGUACUUUCCGGUUAAGUCUAAAGCUUAGAAAAACUGGUUUAGUUAAGUAGGUUGAGGAUCAAGACAGGGUUUAAAACAUGGUUAGAUUUAGUUUUUUAUCUUAAUGGGCUUUGUUAGAUACAUGUUCUUAUUGUUAAGUCCUUUGUAUUGAGUUGAACAGGAAAGUACCAAGAUUUAUAUCAUAAUAUAGUGAUACCUACUGAUUCUCUCUACAAUUGUACAUUCAUUUUUGCUUUUUAUUAAAUGUAUUAUAUCUUUGUAACAUAUAUUUUAUUAUUAUUCUAUUUUUUGUGAAAGUUCAACAUUCAACCAUUGAGAUUUAAUAGUAAGACCAAAAGUCUUGAAGAAAGAAACCACUAUAAAACACAAAUAUCAGUGACUGACAUCUUGAUCAUUCAGUGUCAGUUAAUGAAAGUAGCUAUUGCUUGGUUUUGUAGACCAAGUUUUAUGCAUAUCUUUUGAAUGCAAUAGAUCUAGUACAAAGAAGUAGCUUUUCUAAUUUUAUUCAAGGAAAACUUAUUUUUUUCUAUUUAAUAAAAUAAUGAAAAACUUUAGAGAAAUUAUACUAUUCACUGUUUUCUGGCAUGGAAAAAAAGUUCCUUUUUUUUUUGGUGAUAAGGUACAUCAUUGGUAGUACUUGCUUAUUCUAUCAUAAAGCUCUAUAAAAGUGUUUUUUUUUUUCAUUGUAAUUAAUGUAAUGUAGUUGCUAUCAAGAAAUCAAAAGUGGAUUUGCUACAGAAGAAUUCUAGUUUCAUUGGUUUUUUUAAAGCUGAUUUCAUGUGCCUUUUUCUGCUUUGUGGUCACCUUAGGACCAAACCAGAUGCACAUUUUAUUCAUCUGGUCAAAACUGCAACUUUUUUUUUCAAGUUGUGCUGCAAUAGGGUUGAGACUGAGACUCUCUGGUGUGCUUUUUACCUCAUUUCUUCUUGUCACUAGUUGAUUGUUAACUGCUGUAAGUAGCCAUUUCUAUUUCACAACAUAAUUUUCUUAAAUUUCUAAUUUAUUUUAUUUCAAGAUUUAACCCUUGAGCUAUAUAUGUGGCAUUGACCUCAAAACAUGCCCUAAAGCAAAUUAACCAUUUAAACUUUUCUGCCAAGAUAGCUAAAUGAAAUUUCUAUUACUAUUGAAAUAUGAAAUGAUAAUUAGGUCAGAGCUAUGCCCAGCCACCUUUAAGUAUACCAAUUUGUUAUUGAGCUAUAUUUGGAGUUUUUUUUACUCCACCCAUGUUGGUCUACCAGCUCUAUAGGAACAGCUGUAACAAAACUGUCACAGUUAGCAAUAAAGGGUUACAACAAAAAAAACUCCUUGAAAUAAAAAAAAUCAAUUAAGUUAACCUGUUUUAAGUUAAUGUGAUUCUGGAAUGAUUUUUUAAAUUUAAUCUUCUGUUAAGUUGUGAUAUUGUACACUUUGUGAUAAUAGUGAUGUUUUAGGAAUGAUAUUAAUCAUAAGUCAAUCAUUUUGUUAUCUAAAUGUUUGUCAAAUACUCCAAUUUUUUUACAACACUCUUUGGUUACAGUUAUGUGUGAAUGUUAUGACUACAAAUAUUCCUCAAGGGAGAGAAAUAUAUUUUUUAAAUUCAAAAUAUUUUGCAAGCUGGAGUUGCUUUUUAUAACAUUCCAUGUAAAUUUGAUUUCAAUAAAUUUCAUUGAAUCUUCAC